UAUUUUUAAAUGCUCUUACCUUACAUGUGCUGUAAAGUUAAAGAAAACUGUUAACUUUUUUGAAACGAAACCGUAAAAGUCGGAUGUAAUACCAUAUUUUACUGACGAAGAUAUGAGCUUUGCUAUUCCUCGUGCAUUUAGAAAACUCAUUGUUAGAAAACUUACCCCAGCAUUUAAAGAUGCCAUUGAAAUAGUGCAACAAAAUGUUGUACCGCCACGAAGUCAGGAAGUAUUGAUAAAAAACAAGUUUUUGGGAAUCAAUUCAUCUGACAUAAGUGCUGCUGCUGGCUGUUAUUUCACAGAAAAAUUAACUCUUCCUUUUGAAAUAGGAUUUGAGGGUAUUGGUGAAAUUGUUGCUGUAGGCGAUAAAGUUUCUGAGCUGAAAUAUGGCCAGCCUGUUAUGCAUAUGAAAUAUGGUGCAUUUUCUGAAUAUGUGUAUGUUCCUGAAGAAGAUGUAAUUCCAAUUGCUUCUGCUAAUGGUUCAUUGUUACCAUUAUUAGUUAGUGGAGCUACUGCUAGUCUCAGUCUUGAUAAAUGUGGUUUAAUUUUGCCUGGGGACAAAGUUUUGAUAACAGCAGCAGCUGGAGGAUCAGGUCAUAUUGCAGUUCAAUGGGCUAAAAAUGCUGGUUGUCAUGUUAUUGGAACAUGCUCAUCAGAAGAUAAAGUUAAAUUCCUGAAAAGUUUAGGCUGUGAUCGACCCAUCAAUAGCAAAGAAGAAUCACUUGCUGAUAUUCUGCAUAAUGAAUAUCCGGAUGGUGUAAAUGUUAUUUGGGAGAGUACUGGUGGAUACAUGUUUGAUGUACUUUAUAAACACCUUGCUAUAAAAGGACGAAUGGUUAUUAUUGAAGGUAUUUCUCAAGAAGAUUUAAAGAAAGAUUUAAUUAAAGACUUACCUACAAAGCUUUUACAGCGAUCGACUAUGUUAAGUGGCUUUUUUCUACCUCAUUACAAGAGUGAUAUUCCUCAUUAUUUAAGUUUAUUAGUUAGAUUACUUCAUGAACAAAGUCUAAAACUUCUUAUUGAUGAUGGUAGCUCUCAUGGAAAACCAUUUAAAGGUCUUGAAGAUGUUUCAAGAGCAGUUGAAUAUCUCCAAAGUGGGAAAAGCAAAGGAAAAGUGAUAGUACAUUUAUGAAGAUUAAUUAGAUCAUAUUGUAAUUAUGAAAGCAAUAUUAUUAAAUAUAUAAUUGUUGUAUUGUAUAGAAUUUCAUUUGAAAACAGAGCUGUAUUUUGAUUCUGACAUCUAUUAAUUGGUAAACUCUAUGUGAAACAAAUACUUUUAGAUCUAAAGAAUAAAUUGUGGAAGAACUUUAUACAUUGCACCUUUCUGUGUGUCAGAAGCUCUUUUAUUGUUCUUUAAAUCAUUUAAUUUAUGUUCUUUUAUUCAAUGAAAACUUAAAAAAAAUAUAUUUAUUAUUUGCAAUUGAGACUUUUUAAAGUUGAUUUUUUAAUAUCCUAUUUUUAGUUUUAUUAGUAAGCUAGUCAAAUUUUUGUACAGUCAAACCUCACUUAACCAGCAGAACAAAAUGUUAAAAAAAUAGAAAAGAUUUGCAGAAUGAGUGGCAUCAGUUUGUGUUGAGCACUUGCUUGAAGAGAACCCUUAUAUUUACAUAGAAGUUUUGUUUGGAUAGCAUUGUCGAACACAGCUCCGAGGAGUUUGAUCAAGUGCAUGUGAAGCCUUAAUCAAUAGGAGAUUUUGUAUAUGGCCAAGAUUAUGAAAUUAGAGGAAGAUAGCUAAGUCAUUGAUGAGCUCGUAGAAGAACAUAGGCAGAACUGCUGAAAAGCUUAUGGAGCUGCAAUCAUAUACCAUAGCAGAAAGAUAUGGAGGAGUUUUGGUCAUGAGAGCAAGAAAUAAUAGAUGCAACAGGGAACAAGCUUCCAAUGAAAUAAUGAAAAUGCUGAAAGCUUUGGAAACUAUUGCAUUGUACAAUGAGAAGCAUCACCCUGAUAAGGCAGUAGCUGUGCAUGCUACAAAUACAUUUAACAAUAAUACUGUGUCUCGUUUUCACCAAACUUUGAAGUGUAACCAAAGUCUGGUGAAAACUAAUUGUCUAAAGACAUUGUUUAAAGACAAAUGUCUUUAGACAAUUUGCUUGUAAAAAAAAGGAGAAAAAACCAGCAAUAUAUAUGGUAAAUUACAUUAUUAUAAAUUUGAUUGAAUAUUUUUUUUGGAAUUGAACUUAUCUAUUUUAUAUGAAUUCUUAUGUAAAAAAAAAAAAAUGUUUUACUUAAUGUGUGUUUCAGAUUACAAAUAAAACUUGUAAAGAAUGAAUUAUGCUCGUUAAGUGAGG